AUGAAGUUAAGUGAUGAACUUCGAUACUCAAUAUUAUCAUACAAAAUCAGAGACCAUUACUCAAAUAGUAAAAUUACAAAAAAAUUGGGUGUCCACAAAACAAAAGUGGCAAAAACAAUUCAAAGAUAUGAACAAACAGGUUCAAUCAAUGACCAUCAACGUUUUGGAAUAGAAAAAAAGAUUCAUGAAAGAGAUGAACGUUUAUUAUGUUUCAAAUUUUUGAAUGGUGAGUUGAAGAAUGUGAAAUUAACAGUGGUUUGGUUUUAUUCAACAACUGGCCACACCAGAUUAGACUGGUUAGUUAGAAACGUAUUGCAUAGGAAUAACAUUGUUUAUAAAAAGAAAUUCAUGAAACCUCGAUUAUACGAAGUUAAAAGAAGAAAAAGAUAUAGUUUUGGAUUUGGCAUAAAAACUGGAGUGUGGACCAAUGGGAAAAUCAUAUGUUUAUGGAUGAAGUUAGGUUUCAAUAAUUUGAUAAAUACCAUUAUAUAA